AUCACCAAUAUCACUACCCUCGUGGCGUAUUCAAAUUGCCCGGCCAAACAACCCAGAUCGUCAUCUUAGCAUAAUAACGCAAGCCUCUUCCAAUCUGCCCCUAACACCUUUGCUCCAACAAGGUGCAAGCUAAGCCAAGCUCCCUCCCCGAGAAACCACAUCUCCCUAUAUAAUCCCCCCUCUCCACCCCUCCCUCCAAACUAACACCUUCUUCUCUUCAUAUUUCUUUCAUCAACACAAAAAUCUACACAAAAUGUCUGCUCCCGCUCCCCUUCGUCUGGGCUCUACCGCCCCCAACUUCCAGGCCGAGACCACAAAGGGCAAGAUUGACUUCCACGAGUUCAUCGGCGACAACUGGGUCAUUCUCUUCUCUCACCCCGAGGACUACACUCCCGUCUGCACCACUGAGCUCGGUGCUUUCGCAAAGCUUCAGCCUGAGUUCACCAAGCGCGGUGUCAAGCUGAUUGGUCUCUCCGCCAACACUAUUGAGUCCCACGAGGGAUGGAUCAAGGACAUUGGUGAGGUUACCGGCGGCAACGUCGAGUUCCCCAUCAUUGGCGAUAAGCAGCGCCAGGUUUCUCUCCUCUACGACAUGAUCGACCAGCAGGAUGCUACCAACGUCGAUGAGAAGGGCAUCGCCUUUACCAUCCGAUCCGUCUUCAUCAUCGACCCCAAGAAGACCAUCCGCACCAUCUUCUCCUACCCCGCCUCCACCGGCCGCAACGCCGCCGAGGUUCUCCGCGUCAUCGACUCCCUCCAGACCGGUGACAAGUACCGCAUCACCACCCCUAUCAACUGGGUCCCCGGUGAGGACGUCAUCGUCCACCCCUCCGUCAAGAACGAGGAGGCCAAGACCCUGUUCCCCGAGUUCCGCAUCGUCAAGCCUUACCUCCGAUUCACCCCUCUCCCCAAGGAGAAGGUUCUUCCCCCUCAGUAAACAAAGUUACAAAAAGCGGUUUAAUAUUAUGAUACCUUUGCAGAUGAGCGCAAAGGACGGGGAUUAGUACGCCAUGAGAUUGAGGUCUUGUGAUGGAACGACCGGUCCGGAAUAGAUUAGUCUAGAUUUGAGCCAUUUGUGAUAGCUCUGAGAUGAAAUAAAUGAAGAAAUGAUC